CUGCAAACCAAGCGUAUACUUUUUUGGCGGUCGGCGAUCAUUCCCACCCAGAUAAGCCACACUGCCGAGUCCUCACUUUUGAAUUUCCAACUUCAGCAUGGGCAACCAUAUCUCGUCCACGACGCUCAUCGUCGUAGCAUUCGUUGUGCACGUCGCCGUCGGCGAGGCGUACGACGUCAUCAUCAUUGGCAGCGGCCCCGGCGGCCUCGUUGCCGCCGAGUAUCUCAGCCGCAACGCGUCUACGUCCGUGCUCGUCCUCGAAGCCGGCGGCCCGUCCCUCGCGGCCACUGGUGGCACUGACAUCCCGGGUUAUGCCCAGUCGCAAGGUCUUACGCGCUUUGACGUUCCUGGCGAGUACUCGAACGUCGCGUUUCAAAGCGACAACAAGUACCGCAUGGGCACCGACUGGGUCGCGUCGCCCACUGGUCUCUACCUCGGCAAAGUCGUCGGCGGCAGCUCGUCGCUCAACGGUAUGCUCUACUUUCGCACACCCAACUCGUACGUGACGGAAGCAAGCUGGCCCAACGACGUGGCGACUGUCGACGCUGGCUUCUCGGCGAUCGAGACGAUGUUUACUUCGACCAACAACCCGUCGCCCGAUGGCAGCCGGUAUCUCCAAGAGGCGUACAACAUCAUGCGCAACGUCUUGGGCGGCGGCGGCUACACCGAGUCCAACAGCCUCAACACCGACCGCAACGCCAAGAGCAAGAGCUACGGCCACCCGCCGUUUGCGAUCAAGAACGGUCUCCGCGACUCGCCGGCCAAGACAUUUCUCGGUGCGGCCAAGACCCGACCCAACUUCAAGCUCAUUUCGUCGGCAACCGUCUCGUACAUCAUCCAGUCCAAGGGUGUUGCGACCGGUGUGGUCUACACCACCAACGGCCAGACCGUCACGGUCGACCUCUCGUCGCGGGGCGCGGUCGUCGUCGCGGGUUCGGCCGUCAUGACGCCCAAGAUCCUCAUGCAGUCGGGCGUCGGUCCGUCGAGCCAGCUCACCUUGCUCAAGGCCAACGGCAACUUUCCGGGUGUGAGCAGUGACGCGGCCAACUGGGUCGUCAACGAGAACGUCGGCAGCAGCUUAUUUGACACACACCAGCUGCUCAUGACCUUCUCUCGCAAGGACAUGAAGACGUUUGCCCACACGCAGAGUCCGACGGCGGCGAUCACGCAGUACAUGACGCAAGGCCACAGCGGACCAUGGUCGAGUCCGGACCCGGUUCAGAUCGCGUAUGACAACUACAACGUAAACGGCCGGGCGUACCAGUUCCAGGUCACGACUUUCUGCCAUGGCUUCAACUGGGGCAGCAACAACCCGACCGAGUUUGGUGUCGCGGUGUACGUCAACAACCCGAUCUCGCGCGACAGCGCGCGCUUCACGAGCGACGGGCGCUACCACCUCGACACGGCGCGCAGCAUGUACAGCGACCAACGCGACCGGGCGGCGCUGGCCAACUACGUCGAAAAGCUGCGAGGCAUGAUGAGCGCCCAAGGUGUCACGACGGUCAUUCCGGCCAAGGAUGUUGCGUCAACCGACUUUGUUAACAAGAAGGUCGAAGGAGCCAACCACUACGGCGGCAGCUGCUACACGUCGGGCGACAAGACAGACUCGAAGCGCUGCGCGGACGAGACGUUUCUCGUUGUGGGCGCCAAGAACAUUUACGUCGGUGAUGGCAGCUUGAUGAAGGAAGGCACGGUCAACCCGUACGGCUUUAUUAUGUACGCUGGGCACCAGACCGGCGUCAACGUUGCCAAGACGAUUGUUGGCUACAGUGAAGUGACACCGCCGACGUCGCCACCGACGCUGGCAACGUGCACCGACUUUGAGAACGACGUCGACUACUACGGCAACGAUAUCGGUGCCACGAGUCGCGCAUCGGCAGACGCUUGCUGUGCCGACUGCGCAGCCAAGCCCGGGUGCACCUUGUACGUCUGGAACAAGCACAACGGUGGCACGUGCUGGCUCAAGAACGCGCGUGGCGCGAAGUCGACACAACUCGGCGCCAAGUCUGGUAGCAUGGGAGCAACGACACCGGCACCGACGACGGCUCCCGUUGUCACACCGACGCCGACCCCCGUGGUCACGCCAACGCCGAUUCCUGGCGGCGACGUGUCGUGCUCGGCAGUCGAGAACGACGUCGACUACGCCGGCAACGACAUUGGAUCGACGGCGCGGUCGUCGGUGGACGCCUGCUGCGCCGACUGCGCGGCCAAGCCAGGUUGCUCCGUCUACGUCUGGACGAACUACAACGGCGGAAUGUGCUGGUUGAAGAGUGGUCGCGGCCCCAAGUCGACGCAGUCUGGCGCCAAGGCCGGUAGCAUCGACGCAUCUGCCUCGGGCUGCGGUAUUCCCGAACCCAACACGGACUUUGCAGGCCAAGACGUCGGGAACGUGCCAGGAACCAACCCCGGCGACUGCUGCGCCGCGUGCAAGAAGAACAAGGCGUGCAACGCCUACAGCCUCUGGAACAACAUUUGCUGGCUCAAGAGCGGCCACAACGGACGCAAGGCUGCCCCGGGUACGACGGCGGCGGUCGUCAACAAGUGCUCGGCGCUCGAGAUUGGCACAGACUACGUGGGCAGCGACAUUGGUAGUGCCGCCGCGUCGACGGCCGACGACUGCUGCGCAAAAUGCCGCAACAUGAAUGGGUGCGGUGCCUUCUCAUGGUACCAGGGUACGUGCUACUUCAAGAGCAGCAAGAGCGCCACCAAGGCGAAUGGCAACGUCAUCUCGGCCACGGUUCUCAUGUAAACCGGAUAUAAGCACUGUACAAUAAAAAUUUUGGAAUAUAUGAUUGGUAUGCACGACUA